UCACCUCUGCACUACCUGACUUCCUCGGGACGGUCCCGCAGAAGGCUACAGCGGCAAUGAUUUAGGCUAAUUCUGCACGUAAAAUGAAGCAGUCGCACCCACAAAAGGAAAUAGAUGAGUGAAACCAAGAAAGAACAGCGAGGGACCGAGAAAAAGGGUGCACCCGCCUGCGUCGGAGCUGCAACUGUGCGCGCGUUCAUCCAGAAGAUAGUUUAUUUGCUUUGUUUAAAAACCCGCUUUGUUGAAUGAAACACGUAGACUAAUGUCGAAUAAGCGCCCUCUUGAAUAAAUUGGAGCGGUUUGGAAGGAUGCUGCUCUCACCAGGAGCAGGUGUAUUCAGCCAAGUGGAGGCGCAGAGCAGGAGCGACGCACAACAGACCACAACACCUGCUGAGGAAACCCCCUCAUCUUUAUCAUAUGCUGCUGGUUAACGUGCUUCUUCCCCUCAAAAUAACUGGAUUUUUCUUGCAAUUUAUAUCUGGUAACCAGGAGAAUGUGGGCACCGUGGAACUGAUGGACGCACAGCUCAUUUGGAAAAUAUUGUAGUGACAAAAAACAAAACAAAAAAUCAAGGACUGCUCUGUUGGCUUCACUGAAAUCAAUCUUGUUCACAUCAAGGACAUAAUCAUCUGCAAGGAUGCCCGGAGCACUUUCGCAGUGGCUCUACAUAGGAAUGGAGGUGGUGAUUGCAGUCGCGUCUGUAAUCGGGAAUGUGAUGGUGGUUUGGGCGGUGAAAAUUAAUAAAUCGUUGCGAGACAACACGUUUUGUUUCAUAGUCUCCCUGGCGCUGGCGGAUAUUGCAGUGGGAGCCCUCGUUAUCCCUUUGGCCAUUACCAUCAGCAUCGGACUCCAAACUCACUUUUACAGCUGCCUGCUCGUGGCGUGCACGGUGCUGGUGCUAACGCAAAGUUCGAUCCUCGCCCUCCUGGCCAUCGCAAUUGACCGCUAUCUCAGGGUAAAGAUCCCGACCAGGUACAAGCGGGUGGUGACCCCUCGUCGAGCAGGGCUAGCAGUGGUGAUAUGCUGGACAGUGGCUUUCAUCGUGGGAUUCACACCCAUGUUAGGCUGGAACAACCUGAGGCGCCUCCAGCAGACCGGCUCCAUCAGCUCUGACCUCAUUAUCACCUGCCAGUUUGAAAACGUCAUCAGCAUGGACUACAUGGUCUAUUUCAACUUUUUCGGCUGGGUGCUGCCGCCGCUGCUGCUCAUGCUGGUCAUCUAUGCAGAGAUCUUCUACAUGAUCCACAAGCAACUUAACAAUAAGAAGUUCACCACCAGUCACACAGACCCCAACAAGUACUAUGACAAGGAGCUGAAUCUUGCUAAAUCGCUGGCUCUGGUCCUUUUUCUCUUUGCCAUCAGCUGGCUCCCCCUCCACAUCAUCAACUGCAUCACACUCUUCUGCCCUGAGUGCAAGAAGCCCAUAGUCCUCAUCUACGUCGCCAUCCUGCUCACCCACGGCAACUCUGCUGUCAACCCAAUUGUCUACGCUUUCCGCAUUAAGAAGUUCCGCAUGGCUUUCAGGAAAAUCUGGCAGCAAUACUUCUGCUGCAAGGACACACCAGCUCUGGAGAUUCAACCCAGCGACAGGAAAGAGAUGCCCAAUCCAGAGCCACAGCAGGCGACACCACCGCAGCCCCCUCAGAAGCAAAUUCUAAUAGCGGAUCCAACACAACAGCAGCCACCUCCACCUGAGCAGCAGCAGGACCAGAGGACCGAACCACCGCAGCAACUUAAAGAACAUCCGCCCUUAUUGGAGCAGAACGCAGUCUAAGCCAAGGAACUGAGCUGAUUGCUGGCCUGGAAAGUAAUGAUCAGUGCACGAGCAUUGGUUCUCUCCUCAUCUGAAUGUGGAGCAAGAAGUUCUACGAUGCUGUAGUGACUGAGGCUACUUGGAUCUGGAAGAUCAUUUAUCUUUACUCAGGAGGAGUGGAUUUACUGAAAGUUUGGUCAGAGCAAAAAAAAGGCAAAAAGGGUAUCUAUAAACUUGCAAUAAUGGAAGUCUUUUUGACAGUGGUUGUCUAUCUUAGUAACAGACUGAAGACAUUAAGCUUUAAUGUUUUGUUCAUUAUGAUCAGUUGGUGUGAACAUUACAAAAUGUGCAAUAUAAGUUAUUUUGGUUGGUCAUUAUCAGAUUAUUAAACGCUUGCUAUGGAUGAAGGUUUAAUAUGGUUAAUAGAGUAGGUUAAUCUUGUAAUACUGUGUGUAUGUUCAAACUGACAGUGGAUGAAGAAUAUGAAUGUACUAUUAAUGUAAAUAAGGCACUAUAGCAGCACAGCUUUGAUCGCUCAUCUCUUCUUCAGGGUCUUAAUCGCACAACAGUGGUAGAGCAAGUGGCACUAUGAGAGAGAUUUUUGCAGCAAGGAGGUGUGUGUGUGCUGAUAAAAGGGUUUUGUAAUCCCUUAACUCUUGGGAGGUUUUAACCUUUUAGAAGCUGUGUGCAGGAGACUUGUGGCUGCAGGACGUCUUAUGGGAGAGAAAGACAAGAUGCACUUGCAAGCGCAUGUUUGUCCAGCCUCCAUGCCAGCUGGUAGUGGGAGCGGGGUUUUCCUUUUUUUCCCUACAUGGACUGAUAAUAACCUUGUCACAACUUACCACUAGACACAGUGCCUGGCCUUAUUCAGUAUUUUAAUUGGUAUGGACUGGACUAGAACAGACAACCUGAAGAUUGUGAGUAUCCACACUGUAAGCUCAACAUUUUGCAUAAUGCCAAACUGGGGCAUCUGUAGAUUAGUAAUGUAAAUGUUCAAUGCCACUGAUACAUUCACUGUAUGAGAAUGUAAAGUAAUUCUGUUUUGUCUCAUGUAAAGGCUCAGAGCUCUGGUCGAGACAGUUCACUGAUGUUCACCUAAGUGGGUGACAAUCUCUUAUGUAAGGCUAAGACAUUUUUUUAUUGCGGUCUUGACAAACAUCUCUGGGGAAGGAACAGGCAGUGAACAUUUUGAUGCUCGGAUGGCUGAGAAGACAGUGUCAACAGAAAGCUUAAUGCAAUCCACACCACCUGUAGCUUUAUUUGUCUACAAAGUGUAUAGGCCAGGUGGACUGUACAUUACACACACUUGAGGAAAAAUGGAUGAAGUGGAUGAAUAAAUGUAUAACAGAAUGUGCUUUUUAUAGGUAAUGCUAUUUACGACCUAGAUUUACAGUUUUGAUUUCAAUAGAAUUGUGAAAUAUUACUAUUUGUGAAAUAUUUCAUGUUAUUUCAUAGCUUGAUAAAUGAUCUCUGGUGCAAAUGUGACUACUGAGCACUUCAGUCCAGACAGUCCAACCCUGUCUCCUAGAAAUCACAUUUACAUUCAACUAAUUUGCAACAGCAAAUACUUUUGAAUAAAUUAGUCUUUAGCAAACCGCAGAACGUAAGUCUAUAGGACAAGCAUUACACAGUGUUGGAGCCACUACUUCAAAGGCACGAUCACCUUUUGUUUUCAGUCGAGCACGAGGGACAACCAGUAAGCCCUGGUCAGAAGACCUAAGUGACGUACUAGUGAUAUAAGGAUGUAGCAGUUCAGAGAUGUACACAGGUGCCUGGCCAUGCAGGGCUCUAUAUGUGAAAGAACAAGAACCUUAAAAUGAAUCCUGAACUUCAUGGGAAGCCAGUGUAAAGAAGAUAAGAUAGGUGUGAUGUGAGUCACCCUGCUGGAGCUGGUCAACAGCCAAUGGUCCAGCAUUCUGGACCAUUUGUAGACGGACCAGAGACAACUUGCUGAGGCAGGUGAAAAGGGAAUUGCAGUAGUCUAGCUGGGAUGAUAUAAAAGCGUGAAUGAUCAUCUCUAAUAGGCCUUAUGAAUCUGUUCCUUCCUCACAUAACGUUAGCGCUUCUUGCAUGCUAACUGAAGAUACACUCAAGGUCUGCCACCCACCCACCCACCAAGUGCAUCUUUUCAUAAUUUUUUUUAAAAGAAUGAUAAAUAGGAUGUUUUUGACCUAUUCUGUCCUCUUGAUGAGUCAGCACUUCCUGAGUUGUAAUUAUUCCACAGCAAUCAACACUUUAAGCCCAGGAUAUCUCAACUUUCUAUUGGCACCUUGCUGCAGCUUGGCAGCGCUGUUGGAAUUCUCAUUACUGUGGUGCAAUAAUGCAGAUAACAGUCGAGAGUUGUCACAGCUCUGAUAACCCAUUUCUCCUCUCAGUAUAUGAAUUCCUUUGAUAUUUGGUGACGUAUAAAGUUCCUGGAAAGACCACAUAAUCCUAGUGAGGACUGCUCACACUUGCUGUAUCUGCAAGGUCUCCACCUCUCAAGUUGUCAAGUUGUAGAUUCACUUCAGUCUCCUCUUUCAGAUAUAACUUGUCCAGAAUCCAUACAGCAGAAAAUACACUAGACGUGUGCACACGUAUAUGUGAUAUAGUGCUGAGCAGAAAGCUUAUAUAAAAUCAAUAGUUCAAUAUUAGGAAUAUUAUACAUACAGUACAACACUAAUAAUUCAGUCUUGGAGGCUAUUCUCAUCAUGUUGGCCUGGUUUCCUGGGCAAAGAUGCUGAGUUUCAGGGAAUGAUUAAAUAUCAAGUCAAAGGAGACUUCAGAUAAGAACUACAAAUAAGGGCAAAGGAAAUACUGGAGCUGUGUAUUUCCAAUAGAACAGCAGAGGUGACCUUUCCCUGCAGCAACCUACUGUCCUUGGGGCUAUUGGGGGUUGUUAACUGCAGACUCUGAGGGAAGGAGAGGGGACCCUCUUUCCACCACUCCAUAUUCACAUUCUGCACUAAAACCAACUCAGGUUCAGGGUGUAGCAACCAAUGAAAACACAGAUGGUAUCAUUCAUUUGCUCAUUAGUUUCAGUAAACAGUUUGGUGCACAUUUGCAAGGGAAAUUUUCAAGAAAUGUUAAUUGUAGUAAUCAUGUGUUUGGUAAUGAAGGCAAAUUAAUAUCAGAGUAUUGUAAUAACAAGAGUGCAAGUGAUCUCUACACUUCUUUACCUGCCAUUGUCCCAUCUGGUGAAAUGCAUCUAUAUAUAUCAAUAUUUUUCAGGAUGGUUUGUUUCAACCAUGUUUCAGGUCAAUAUUUAGCUCUGCACAGUUCUAACCGACAGUGACCUUCCAAUCCCCUAAGGACCCCCAGUACCUCCACUAGGGCAGGCUGUGGGGGAAAAGCAUUGCAUGAUAUUUAUGUCCCAGGAAAGGGCUUUUUUCAUAAAAAAUGGAGGAGUGGUUUGAUCUGGGAUCUGAUCAGGCGUCAUGAAUAAGCAAACGUGUUGUGCCCCCGGUGCUGCUGCACAACAGGAAACAAGGCUCCUUGUCAGAACACUAUAUAUACCAUCACAACAUCUGUCUUAGGGAACAGCUGUACCACGGCUUCAACACAGACCUUUGAAGGAUGAAGGAAGGAUAACAUGUACAUAAAAGAAGCACUAUUAUCCAGUCACACCAGCAUUAACAGUAUAAUGGCACAGAGCAAUUAUCCACCAUCACAUACAGUUGAUUGUUGGCAUUGUUCUGCAUGUGUGAUUUCACAGAAAAGCAAUCAGACAUAAAAACAAGGCCACCAAUUCUGCAUAUUGCUGAAAGAGCAUCUGUGUCAGACUCAUCUGUGUUAUAAUACAGCAGUGUGGCAUCAAUUCCUAGUUGGCAUCGCAGCUAAUGAGAGGUUGCAUCCAAAUGUAAAAAUGAGAAUAUGUAAAAAAAAAAAUAAAAAAAAAAGAGCAGAUGGAAGAUUUGCAUUCAGUAACAACUGAACACGGCCUAUUAAGAUGUAAUCAUUUAACCUAAAGAUGCUGUAACAGGAAAAACUGUGCAAUCAAUUGUCUUUUACAGUCCUUCAGAAAUGGUUUCAUCCCACUCACUGAUCCUCUGAGAAAUAGCAACAAGGGCUCACAGCCUUCAACAAAACAGCAUUAGGGUCCUGCAAAUAAAAUAAACUAAUUUCCCUUAACAAUCAAUUAUUCACCAAACAGACUUACAAAAUUAGAACAACAUCAAUAUUUUAUCAUCUUUUUUGUCAAAUCUUUGCCUCAGGAGGUAUUUUGAAAACAGCCUUGAAGCAAGGUUAUAAAAUAGGGGAAGACUGCCUCCUGUGUGAACCCAGAUUAAAGAGAAGAUGCAAUAAAUGGUUCUUAGGAUUAAAUUUAACAAGAAGUUUUUAAGGAGCAGAUCAAGCAGAGAUGGUUUUAUGCAUUGUUCAGUAUCAUAAUUCACUUCCUUGGGUAAAUGAGAGAUUUGCCUUAUACAGUAGUGGCUGUUUAAGCUUGAUGCUACAUUUUCUUCCGGACACUAACCCCCUGUACCAGAGCUCUAUUUCUAACUCUCUUUUGGCCUUGUUGACUGUCCCUAUGACAGACUGCCACCUGCUGGUAAAGAAUAUUUUGGUAUGUUAGAUUAAAAGUGAGCAGUGCCAGGAGGACUCACUGUUGAUCUGGCUCUCUGAUGGAGGGUACCAAGGUCACAUCUGGUUUCCUUCAUUAAGCUUCUCCCACAGGUCCUGAUGGCCAGUUCAGCUUCCAUAGACUUUUAUUUAAAAUCUUCUGAUGGCAGAUCCAAAAACCAGCUUGGCUAAGUAAUACCCUCAAGAAACUCGAAUGAUAUCAUGUUGAGGGGAUAACAGAGCCAAAACCAAAACGCUACUGCAUACAUUUGCACAUUGGAUUCAAUACAAAAUUUAGCCACAUUGUACUUUGUACUAAGAAAAAACAUCAAUCCUCAAGAAUUCAAAAAUGUUCCUCAAUAAUCAAAUAAAGUAAAAAAUUUGAGCACUGCAUUAUUACAAUAACAAGCAUUGUUGUUCAGUAUUAAGGAAAACAUGCUUGAUUAAAUUGGACUUACUCUGUUUUGUACAAUUCUGUAUGGUACAAACUUAGACAAGAAAAUGCAGUUCAAAAGAAUGCACAAUAGAAUUUGCAAGACAGUUCAUCAUGUAUUUUUAUCAUAAACAACAUUUUUUUAAAAAUCAUUCCAGAUUUGUGAGCAUGAAACAGCUGUUGAUUAUCUCACAGAGAUCCUAAAGGUAUGAUCCAGAAAAUGUUCCCACAUCCACAUAAGAUCACCUACACACUGUCGUGCCAAAAUGUUGUUUCUGUUGUUGAGAGACGCACUUAUGAAUUUCAAAAUAAUGUACCUACAGGAUAAAUAGACUGUGAAUUCAUUUUGGGAUUUUUAUUGCAUUUUAAACAGGUUACUUAUGCUAAAAAUGCUGUCCUUAUAAUAUUAUGCCAGAUGUAUUUGCUGUCCACUUUAGUGACACAGGCAGAGGCAAAUGUGUAACCACUAACAAUAAUGUCAGGGCUGAAGUUGCUGCAUUACAGGGAAAUGACACAGUGUUUGCACAACGAUCCAGGUUUUUGUCCUGGAAGGAAAUAUUGCAUUUAUCUUGGGCCACACAAGGUCAAAUUCCUGCAACCCCACAUACGGUAACAGAGAGCUCAAACCCCAGCAAACACACAUCAAAAGGAGGGAUACUGCCUGCCUCAACAAGUCUGAACCAAAGUGUGCAGGGGCAGCUUUAGUGCUGAGCCUGACUCACUUCCCGCCUGCUAUCAGGUGCUUGUCCCUUAUGAGGAAGGGGAACUUCCCUUCUCUUUUCCCAUUUUCUGAAACAGUGGUUUUAAAAACCUGUUGAAUGGACUUCACCAUAUUUUUUUGGGCGUCAUAUUUUUUUCUAUCUGUAACAAAGCACUUUUUUUGUUUUGGUUUACAGGCCCUCAGUUCCUUGUGGCAGAUUUUGGAAAACAACUCUUUAAAAAGUUAUGGAGGCGUUGCUCCAUAUGAAGUUAAACAAGCAAUAAUAAUAUUCGGUGCAAUCAGAGCUCCCGUCAUGGCCCAUGUUGUCACUCCCUGUGGCUGUGCUUUGGAUGGCAGAGGAUGGAACGCCCAUAAAGGCCACUGCUUAUGACUGGCAGUAAUUAGCUUUUAACGGUGGUGGUGAAAGAUGGCUGUCCAUAAAGUCAAUACAACUCCGCCUGCCUGGAUUUGCUCUGCAGUGGCAGCCCACGCCUGAAGCAGACGCAGUCUACCCUCACACAUGGCUCUCAGCCAAACCCGCCUGCUGCUUUUUAGUGAUAUUAUAUAAUUACAUGAACUCAUACAAAUUGUCUACAGUAUCACUUGAAAUUAAGUCUCCCUAGGGUGGCCUGGUGGCCUAGGGGUUAAGGCACCGACCAUGAACCACAACAUCCCCGGGUUUGUUUCCGGCCAGGAACCUCUGUUGCAUGUCAUUCCCCAUCAUCUUGUCAUUUCCUGUCAUCUCUUUACUGUCACCAUCUAAAAAAGGCAGAAAAUGCCAAUACAUAUAUACCCCAAUUACUUCUGUCAUGAUAAUUUCCCAUUCUCACACAGUUGAUACGUGUACACAACUAUGAUGAUAUGUUCUCAUAAAGCCACAAGUUACUCAACAAAGCACCAUGAAUGUUAUAAUCAUAUAUGUAUCCAUACAAACUCAUUGCAAAACAUCCUGUUUCACUCAUCAGUACUAACGUGUCCCAAUCCUGUAGAGUACCUGAGUGGAAGCAAAGGAAGUGCACAGUUUUGGUCUGCGGCUGCCACCAAAGACUUGAUGCCAGAGCAAUGGGAAAGAAAACAGUGAUAAGAAGGAAUGGUUUAUAUGACAUGCAUGUUUUGCAGCUUUGAUCAACUUGACAUGGCACUGUGCUUUGAUCCCUGGCAGUGUGGAGGAACUUCAUUUGCCUAUAUCAGAUUUAGAAAAUUCUGCUAAUGUGAGCCAGAUGAAGUCUUGAGACUGUUUCAACAGUAUCAGAUUAACACAACUAUUAUCUACAUUUAGUUUUGUUUGUUUAUUGAGUUUUGUCACAGUGUCAGCAAAUCAUCUUGGAAUUACCUACUUUAACCUAUCCUAGUAUUUUAUAUUGUUCAUCCUGGGCUGGAUGUGACAAGGAUGACGCAUCCCUAUGACGGUCAUAGUGAUAGUCAUAAUUAUUGCCCUUUCAGCAUUUGAAAGUACUAUAAUGCAUCUAAAUAUGUUGAAAAUAUUUAUGUUUGUGUGUUAUUUGUAUGACUGAUUUCUUUCAUUUUGUCUCAGCAGAUAAUUAGAUUAUUACACUGAAUAUUUUAUGAGCAAGUGUUGGCACAGUAAACAAGAAAUAUUCCCAAAGGUGACUAAUAGUCUAGAUUUUGAUAAAGCGCUUGGUGAAGCAGAAGUAACACUCCUGUCUGCUGCUCCAGGGAGACAUGAGUCAAAGCUGUGGCUUCUUACGCUCCUACGUCCCAUUCAUGACUGUACAUAACUUUAUGGCAACUGUUUAAAGUUUGUUCACAGGAUUAUUUCUGUCAAACAUAUCAUGCUGAUUUAUGACUCAUUACAGACCAGCUGCUAUAUGAGUGACACUUGAGGGCUUAGAUGGCACAACAUGGUUUCCGCCCUGCCGAUUGCUUGUUUUGAUCAGUUUUUGUUUUGGUCGUGUCACUUGUUUUGUUUGUUGUGCUCUAAGGAUCUUUGUGUACCAGUUUCACCCACAAGCAUGCAUAUUAUCUUGACAAAUUAAAAAGGGUUACAAAUAUUCAGAGACAAUAUAUUAGACACGCUGUUCAUUACUGUUUUAGUUUCAUUGUUACUGUAAUAAUAAAGUGAACAACAUAGAAUGAUUAGACGAAACGUCUUGGAAAGCAAAAAUAAACUGUUGUGAGAGUUUAGUGGGGUAUAAAAACAAAGUUAUUCCCAGAAUAACUGCAAGGCCGAGCAGACUCAGCAGGGCUUGGUAAAGUACCUGGACGUGGUGAUGGGGUAGCGUUCCCUCCACAUCAAACACAGUGACGGUCCUGUGUGUUGUACAGUCUCUGUGUCCCACCACAAAGUCAGCAAACCAGUCAUCAUAAAACACAACGCAGCUGAACAAGGAAGCUGGCCAAGGAACCACAUCAACUGUGGCAGACAGGAAGUGUUUUUUGGAUUUAUAUCUGCCUGCUUGAAACAUACCAUAAGACAUAAACUGUUUGCUUUAACAAGACAGUUGGAAACUAAACAGGGCAUGUCACAAUUAAGGACAAAGUUGCAAAACUUGCUGUAUAGCGCUGAAUUGUAAACACUGAAGAAUCUAGGCCAGCAAAAGAAAAUCAGAGCAUUUAACAUGCUAAGUUUUGGUGGGAAUUCACCCGGAGCUAUUACUCACCUUAAAAUGUCAACAUUUAGACCAUGUCUGGGACAUAUAUAACAUAUACAAUAUUGACAUUUUUUUGUACUCUGCCACGCUGUGUUUUAGCAGCCCCAGAAAAAAUAGAGAGAGGUCACAAAUGACGACUUUUUGAUAUUACAUGGCUCUGUCGUUGCAUGGUUAACCUAGUCAUAAAGGUCCCGCCCACGUGAGCUGUGAGGGUCUUGCUGCUCUACUAUGAUAUUAUCCAGCUCUCUGAUGACGGAGUUGGCCACCUCAUACAGUUAUAUGGUGUGUGCCAACAGUCUGCUCUGUGAUUGAGGGCAAUUUUGGGAAGAAUGCCAAUGCAAAAUGUGUAUUUUUUGUGGUUCUGUGCCAGACGUCUUUUUGGAAGCAAAGAGGCGAAACCAAAUGAAAUGUGGCAUUUGUUAAAAUGCAUGGAGCCAUAUUCAUUAAGCCUUUGACGCCAUGUAAAAUCAGUGGCAGAUGUUUUCAAAGGAGGCCUGGGGAUCCUCUGACAAGCCACAUAUAAACAGAAAUAACCUUAUGAUUGUGUCUGGAUGAGAAAAAAAAAUGCAUCAAAUGAAAGUUGGCUUGUGCAUUUGAAGCUGGAUAGAGCUGCUUUAGUCUGAAUGAAAUGUAAUCCAUGUUACCAAAAAUAUGUGUACAAUGUGAAUGUGUGUAAUAUUUUAGUGUGUAAACUAAAUGUCUGUUAUAAAUGUCUAUACCCACUGAAAACAAAGCCCACUUUUCAGUUCAUGCGGAAUUACAUUUACUGUUUUCCAGGAACAAUGUGUUGGGUUUGUUAUAUAGAAUACCAUGUGAAUAAUAUGCAUGUAAAAUGAGAGUCAGCAAAGGGCAACAAGCAUCAUAAAAUGAAGGAAAUUGACAUUUUUGAAUCCCCCUUACAAACAAAUGUGUUGUGACCAGUCAGUAUCAAAUCUGGAGAAGUAUGUGUGUUAUCAAGACUGGGACACGAUUCAAACUUUAUAGCACCUCUGUAAACAUAGAUCUAACUAUGCAAAAGAUAUGUAUUAUCAUGGCUUUGUAAGAAAAUCAUAGAAUCAACGGAAGUAACUUUUCAUAACAUAACACAACAAAGACGAAGUACUCAAUGAUGCCUGUGUCAAAAUGUGUGAUUCAUCAACCACAUCAGGAAACCAGAGAUUAAAAUAUGGGGAAGGAUAUCUACAUCAUCACGCCGCAACUUCACACCGCCUUCAUUAGCACAAUAAUAUGUACAAAAUUUCCUUUACCAUAAAUGGCAGAAUCUGUCAAAGCGUAUGUGCUUAUUAAUAACUCAAUUCUUUUUCUUUCUUUAACUCUCCACAUUAAUAAAGUGUGUCUCAAAUGCA